CACACCAGUGUACCAACUACCUUUCGCAUCCUUUAUAUUGACAGAAGUGAUCACAAGCUAAGCAUGAAAAAGAUUAGCUUUUGAGGUGUCUUUUCGUUUCUCUCAAGGUCAAAAACUCCUCCCUCAAAAAAUGGGCUCAGAAGGUCUUGUGACUGCUUCAGCAAUUCCAUACAUCUUGGUGCUGUUAAUGCUAGUUGGUACUGCAAGAUCAGACUUUCAGCAAGAUAGAACAGAGUGUGCAGACCAACUAGUAGGUCUAGCUACAUGUCUUCCAUAUGUUGGUGGUGAUGCUAAGGCACCCACCAUAGAUUGUUGCAGUGGGCUUAAACAAGUGUUGGAUAAGAGCGUGAAAUGUCUCUGUGUCCUCAUUAAAGACCGGGACAACCCUGAUCUUGGUAUCAAGUUCAAUGUUAGUCUUGUUGCUAAACUUCCUAGCUUGUGCCAUGCGCCAGUUAAUGUCACAAAAUGCAUCGAUAUUCUGCACCUGCCUGCUGGCUCACCGGAUGCGAAGGUCUUUGCAGGAUUUGCCAACAUCACCGGAGGAAGUGUUGCUGCCCCAGUUGCCAGUGCGAAUUCAACUGGCAGUAAAUCAAGCGCUGCUGCAGAGAAGAGUGGUGCUGAGAGGCCAGCAAACAGAUGGCUUGUAACAGCAGAGGUUCUGUGUGGAUUAUUACUAUGGACAUUCACAUCUUUUGGUUUCUGAUGAUAGGUAUUCUAUGCGUGGCUAUGAUAAAAUUUUCUCCCUAAAUAUGUUCAUCAAAUAUAUGUAACUCAAUUUAUGGACAGUUUUCUACUAUCUCUGUUGUCUCUUCUGAUCCUUCUGUUUUGGAAGAAAUUAAUUAAUUAACUAAUUCUCUCUA